CGGCGGCGGCGGCGGCGCGCGCCAUGUCGUUCAGUGAAAUGAACCGCAGGACGCUGGCGUUCCGAGGAGGCGGGUUGGUCACCGCCGGCGGCGGCAGCAGCAGCGGCUCCACGAACAAUAACGCUGGCGGGGAGGCCUCGGCUUGGCCUCACCAGCCUCAGCCGCGACAGCCCCAACCGCCAGCGCCUCUGCAGCUCAAUGGGCGGGGGGCCGACGAGGAAGUGGAAUUGGAGGGCCUGGAGCCCCAAGACCUGGAGGCCUCCGCCGGGGCGGCUGCCACCACCGAGGAAACCAAGGAGUCGCUGCUCCCCCAAGACGCGGGCGGCCCCACCACGCUGGGCGGCGGUGGCGCGGGGGGCCCCUUGCUAGCGGAAAGGAACCGUCGGACUCUGGCCUUCCGAGGAGGCGGCGGCGGCGGGGGUCUCGGCAACAAUGGCAGUAGCCGCGGCCGCCCCGAAACCUCGGCUUGGCCCCUGAGGCAUUUCAAUGGGCGAGGGCCGGCGGCUGUGGAGCUGGAGCUGGACUCGCUGGAGGGGAAGGAGUUGAUGCAGGACGGCGCGUCCCUGAGCGACAGCACCGAGGACGAGGAGGAGGGGGCGAGCCUGGGCGACGGCAGCGGGGCGGAAGGCGGCAGCUGCAGCAGCAGCAGGCGGUCGGGCGGCGAUGGCGGGGACGAAGUGGAGGGCAGCGGUGUGGGAGCUGCCGAAGGGGAGACUGUCCAGCACUUCCCGCUCGCGCGGCCCAAGUCCUUAAUGCAGAAGCUACAUUGCUCCUUCCAGAACUCCUGGCUCAAAGACUUUCCUUGGCUGCGGUAUUCCAAGGAUACUGGCCUUAUGUCUUGCGGCUGGUGCCAAAAAACCCCUGAGGACGGGGGAAGCGGGGAUUCUCCCCAAGUGGGGCAUGAUGAGCUUUCCCGAGGGACCCGCAACUACAAGAAAACCCUUCUUCUGAGGCACCACGUUUCUACCGAGCACAAACUCAACGAAGCCAACGCCCAGGAGUCAGAAAUACCAUCAGAGGAGGGGUACUGUGACUUUAAUAGUAGGCCAAAUGAGAACUCUUAUUGCUAUCAACUUCUUCGACAACUAAAUGAACAGAGAAAGAAAGGUAUUCUUUGUGAUGUCAGCCUUGUGGUGAGCGGAAAAACCUUUAAAGCUCAUAAGAACAUCCUGGUUGCAGGCAGCCGUUUCUUUAAGACUUUAUAUUGCUUUUCAAACAAAGAAAGCCCUAACCAAAAUACUACACAUUUAGAUAUUGCUGCAGUUCAAGGUUUUUCAGUCAUCUUGGACUUCUUAUAUUCUGGUAACCUGGUGCUCACAAGCCAAAAUGCCAUUGAAGUUAUGUCAGUGGCCAGCUACCUUCAAAUGAGUGAAGUUGUUCAAACUUGCCGACAUUUCAUUAAAGAUGCCUUAAAUAUAAGCAUUAAAUCAGAAGCUCCAGAAUCUGUUGUUGUGGACUAUAAUAAUAGAAAAUCAGUUAAUAGAGAUGGUCUUUCUUCAUCACGGGAUCAAAAAAUUGCCAGUUUUUGGGCAACACGGAAUCUUACCAAUUUGGCAAGUAACGUCAGAAUUGAAAAUGAUGGUUGCAAUGUCGACGAGGGCCAAAUAGAAAACUGCCAAAUGAAUGACAGUAGUUGGGUCCAGGAUGGUUCUCCUGAAUUGGCUGAAAAUGAAUCUCAAGGUCAAACAAAAGUGUUUAUUUGGAAUGAUAUGGGCUCCCAGGGAAUUCAAGAGACUGGCAAAACAAGAAGGAAAAACCAAACUACAAAGAGAUUUAUUUAUAAUAUACCACCUAAUAAUGAAGCAAAUUUAGAAGAUUGCUCAGUGAUGCAGCCUCCUGUUGCCUAUCCAGAAGAAGAUUUGCCAUUUAUCAAGGAAGAACCAGAUUUGGAUGGUGCUCUACUCUCAGGGCCAGAUUGUGAUAGGAAUGUGAAUGCAAACUUAUUGGCUGAAGCUGGCUCCAGUCAAGAUGGAGGUGAUGCUGGUACCUCACAUGAUUUCAAGUAUGGUUUGAUGCCUGGCCCUUCAAGUGAUUUCAAGUAUGGCUUGAUACCCGGUACUUCAAAUGAUUUCAAGUAUGGAUUGAUACCCGGUGCUUCAAAUGAUUUCAAAUAUGGAUUAUUGCCUGAAUCUUGGCCAAAACAAGAAACUUGGGAAAAUGGGGAAUCAUCUCUAAUCAUGAACAAGUUAAAAUGUCCUCAUUGUAGCUAUGUAGCCAAAUACAGACGAACACUAAAAAGGCACUUGCUCAUUCAUACGGGAGUGAGAUCAUUUAGCUGUGAUAUUUGCGGAAAGCUGUUUACUCGAAGAGAACAUGUAAAAAGACAUUCCCUGGUGCAUAAAAAGGAUAAAAAAUACAAAUGUAUGGUGUGUAAGAAGAUCUUCAUGUUAGCAGCCAGUGUUGGAAUAAGACAUGGAUCUCGACGCUAUGGUGUUUGUGUAGAAUGUGCAGAUAAAUCACAGCCAGGAGGGCAAGAAGGUGUAGAUCAGGGACAGGAUACAGAUUUCCCUCGGGAAGAAGAAUAUGAGGAGAACGAAGUAGGAGAAGCUGAUGAAGAGCUGGUUGAUGAUGGAGAAGAUCAGAAUGAUCCAUCUCGAUGGGAUGAAUCAGGAGACGUUUGUAUGUCUCUAGAUGAUUAACUGAUCUACUGUUCUCCUCAAGGAUGCUGCAUAUUUGGACAUAAAAAUCGACAAUUUGAAUUGUUGAACUUGAAGGCUUGCAAAAUAUGGUACAUGCUGGAUGGUAGUUAUGUUGCUGUGAAAACUGUAGGGUCAAAGCCUUAUAGCAAAAAAAUUUUUUUUAUAUUUGCACAGGACUGUACAGCAAACAACCUUGUGGUUGGAUUACAUGAAGUCCCCACACCUUCAGUCAGUUAUCAAAGUAAAAAUAUUUUUUAUUUAUAGGAUAUGCCGUAACUUUUUGGGUCUUAUGAAAAUAUAGUAUCUGUCCUUGCAGAGCUUACAUUCAUGUGUCAUUUUAACAUGAAUGAAGAAAAUCCAUUUAUGGAAGUACAGUGACAGCUGACCCAGUCACUCUGUCCAUCAAACCACUCAGGCUAGUUUGUACUAGUAGAGUUUUGUUUCUAUUUUUAUUAUUAUUAUUAUUAUUUUUAAUACAGAUUUUCAGUGAGGGGAUUUUUCAACCCCAUUGGUUCUCCUUUCUUGUAUUUCCAUUUUAAUUUGCUCCAUAACUUAAACCAAGUCUUUUCUAGUCUUAGCUAUUAUUUCUCAGUUUUGUGCUGAUGGGCAUGUUUAUAAGAACUGGAGAGGUAAUUUAUUGGAAUGAACUAACUGACUUCCUCCAUUCCCCCUUUCCUUUUUGACAUGAAUUUUACUACUUCACAAAUGUAGAAUGAUGUUGCAAAGUUACCGUGGUGAAGUUGACAAAUACCACUAAAAUGAUUAUGAUUUAGAAGUAACUUUCUCCUGCUGCUUUAAUCUGAUAAAUGGUUAUUAUAUGAUGUUUUCUGACAUGGCAUUUGGGUUUGGGUAUCUGUUACUUUGGCACUAUUCUUGUUAGCCUCUUUUUAUUUUUGCCAGUGUACUAUACCUCAGUCCUAUUUGAAAGACAGAAAUCUAAUUGAAAGAAAAGUCAUAGAAACAAUAAGUAAAAUGAUUUGUUUUAUAAUUUAUCCUCCAUGUCCAGUUUGGUUAGCUUGUUAUGCAAUAUAAGUGAAAUAUCAGGUUUUUACUCUUGUGCCCUUAUUAUCAUUAAAAUUAACACAAAAAUUGCAUUCUCUUUUUGUUUCAUACUUACUGGAAUAUUGAGUGUUUUGAAAUUAUGGACGAUAAUUAAUUUUUAAUUCCUGAAAGUUCACACCUUGAUACAUAGUCUUUCUAGUAAAACUAUGAUUCAACAGUCUGCAAAAAUCUUACAAAUAAAAUACUGAGAGGCUUUACAAUUUAUUGUUUUGUUAACUAAAUUCUUCAGGGAAUAAAGGAUGACUUAUUAAGUUGAAAUUGUCAGAUUUAUCCAGCCUGGUGGCAAAUGAAUUAGCUGGUGAUCAUUGAACUCACAGCAGCAUUUCACAUGGUAAUGUUAACAUGCACAGCAUUUAUCAGGAGCAUAUUGUAUAUUAUAUAAGAUUGAGGGAUGUCACAUUUUCAUUUUUCUUUUAAAUAAAAAUUGACUAUAUUUUCCUAUUUCAUAUCAGGUAGCUAAAUUAUGCUAGUUGUGUGGGAAAAAUUGCAAAGUAUGUUUUGACAGACAUCCUUUUGGUGCUUACCUGAUCAAAGUUGAUGAGUCUGUCUUUUUUUUUUUUGAAGAUAAGCUUUAUCUUUGUCUCUUAUUUCAGUAGAAUAAUGGUUUGAUGUUCAGCAUUGGUUGUCUGCUUGGAUAAAUCAAGGAUAAAUUACAGUUACUUGGUUAGAUGCAUCUUUUGUCAUCUAAACUUUAUUAUAGUUUCCACAUAAAUGUAAACCUGACAGAUGGUUAGUUUUGGUUUGAUUUGUGUUGAAAAUUGAAGAAUACAUCUUAUUUUCAGUGUUCUAGAGAAAUGAGUAAAAUGUAAUUCUGGUGGGGUCCAAAGUAGAAAUUAGUCGGACAAAGAUAACUAUGAAUGAAAAAGUAUUUUAAACGUAAAUUGUUCUGCUUUGUGAAUAUGUAAGUAUAGUAUAAAGAUUUCUUUCAUCCCAUUUAUCCCCCUCCUUUAAAACAAACCAUAGUUUACAAUUGGUAGAUCUGUCUAUAUAUAAAUAUAUAUUAAAGAGAAAAGAUAUAUAUCUGAAAAUCACCUAAAUCUGCUUUAUUAGACUACAGUUCACUUAUUGCAUAGAAACUGGACUUGGCUUUACAUUCUUAAUGUACUUUUACUUUUCCUCAAGAUAUGAACUCAUUCUCUUGAAACUGAAUUUUCUUUUACUACUUAAAUCAUUUGUGUAUAUCUGGUAAAUUAUGACCAAAUUUUUGUUAGGUUGCAUACAGUAAAUUGAAAUAUAUACUUGGUACACUACAGAACUGUUGUGCUUUUGUUUCAGUUUUAGUUGGAAAUAAGGUUUGAUGUAGAUGGCUUGUUAUUGUUAAUUUAAAAUAUUCUAUAAUUGUCCAUUACCUUUUAUGUUGUGUUGUGACAGAUGUGGCUAUAUUUUUAGUCAACUGAAAUAUACUUUAAAAGUUUGUUUUUAGAAAGAUAAUCCAAAGGAAAAAUGUUUAUACUCUUGAAUAUAUUAGCCUCAGCCUAUAUAAAAUUUCUUCUUUAAAGUAAACAUUUUACCAGAAACAGAAUUGACAGAUUUUUCUACUUGUUGACUGCCUAACUUAUUUUGUUUCAUGAUCUUGAGGGACUGCCUUUUUCCUUCUGGAUUUUUUUAAAAUAGUUUUAGUACUAAGGUAUACUACUGGACAUUUCUAUUUUUUUAAGUAUAUUCUUUUUCUGACUUACAGUUACAAUUUCAGGAAGUUGAAAGAUACUAAGAACUUAGGUAACAAUGGAAUACUCAUAAUUUUGUCCAUGGAGCCCCGGCAGUAUUAUGUGCUACACAUUUGCUGAAUUUUUCUCUUGUAACUUAUAUUUUAAAUGAAAAAUAUUUUAGAGCUUUUAAUUUUAAAAGAGUAUAAACUGUUUUUCAUAUUCACUCUACAGUAACAGACCCUCUCAUAUAAAUCAAGAUCAUGUAUUAAGUUUCUCAGAGACAGUUACUUCCAUAUGGUCCCCUCUUUGUCAUAGUUAUUGGCCUUCAUUUUCAUAUUCACUAGAUGUUUUGCUAAAUUUUAGCACCCCAGCAAUUUAGAGCUUAAAAAAAUUAAAAGAAACGUAGGAAGGGGAAACUGAACAGUAAUGAGUGGCUUUGAGAUUUGGGGGAAAAGCACUAGCUGAUUAGGUAGAGCCAUCCUGAUGAAGAGCAGCACGUGAGUUAACAUAUGAAGUGCUUAGAACACUGUCAGGUACAAGUGAGUGCACAAUACUUCUUAUUAAGGUGAUGUGAACCAAGAGGAAUAAAAGAUGAUAAAAAGGGUAAAAAGAGGAAGAAAAUAGGAAAUAAGAAUUUGGCUUGGAAAUUUAUAAUAGAUACUGUGUAAAAGGCCUGAAGAUGACUGGAGUUGUGUAGUAUGGGGGAAAGUGUAAUGGAAAAUAGUUUUUAAAAUCUUAAAUUUUAAAAUAACGAUUCCAAAAACUACAUUUUUUUAAAUUUUUUGAGUGCCUCCACAUGCCAUUGCGCUUAUGUUAUGUUAUCUAAUCCCCUAUAUGGUAGGUGCUAUUGUCUCAUUUUAUAGAUGAGGAAAGGCUCAGAGAAAUUCAGAAACUUGACUAUUUAAGCCACUAAGUGGUAGAGCUGGGAUUUUUUAGGUCUUCUGAAGCCCAUGCUCUUUCCAUGGGGAUCUAUUGCUGCCUCAUUAAAUCUUUUGUAGAAGUUCUUCUCUUUACAGGAGUUUACAGAGACAUGUUUUUCCUUUGAAACUAUGUUAGGAAUUUGGGGCCUAAUCCUCCUCCAAAUACCCUUACUAGUCUUUCCUCCAAGUAAAGCAGGUGUUAAUGUCACUUGACUAUAAGGUACCCAGACUCAGUGUAGCACAUACUAUUAAUCAGCUGUGGCAUUUUCAUUGUUAAAAGGAUGGCUUUUAACUGAAGAACUAGAGAUGAACCCCAUUUUUUGUCUGUGCCGUUCAGUCACCCAGAUCCUUAAACUUAACUAUGGUACAUAGUAUAUGUGCUUAGAACUAGAUGUUUUUCCUUAGUCACUUUUAGGAUUUAAACUGGGAAGUUCUUUUCCUGCUGUAUCCCUGCUUUAGCUGAAGUUGAAUAAUUCUAGGUAAUUUGAAAUGUGUUAGGGAUAAGCAUACUUUAAAAGAUGGUUACUAGCUCUGAAUUUUAUGAUAUUGGGUACUUAAAUUUGGAAUACACUGGCUAUGAGGAACAAAAUUUUGGGUUGAGGAGAGGGAUUGUGAAGGCCAUUAUGAAAUGGGAGAAUCAGCAUUUUAAACACUGUAAACAUAAAAGAACACUUUCUUCUGCCUGCUGUUUGUAAAAGCUCUUUGGUAAGAUCUUUUACGAAGACCAAUUUUUUUUUUUAUAUGUAAUUUACCUACCUAGUAUAAGUGUCCUAAGACAUGUAUGUAAACUUCCAAAACUGUUUUGUCUGUGUAUUUAGAAAAUACACAAGAAUCUUUAUCAAACCUAAAAAUAUAAACUUGUGAGCACUAAA